AUGUGGACCGUGGGCGGGGUAGUCUGGAGCGUCUUCGUCAUGAUUAUCGUCUUCGCGACUUGUAUGUUUGGCGCGCCCACCCGAGUCGUUGCCUCGGCGCCGGCGAAGCUCAUUCUCUGCGGCGAGCACUUCGUGCUGUACGGCGCGCCAGCGCUGGUGACGGCGUUGAACUUGAGGACGCGUUGCGUGGUGGCGCGCACGGAGGGCGGCGAGGGAGACGCUCGCGUGGAGCUGUCAAUGCCGGACGUGGGCGUUCAGUGCGAGGCUCGGUGGAAGGAGCUGCGCGAGUUGUUGGAAGGCGGAGUUCGGUCGUGCUGGAACUGCCCGCCGUCGUCGUUGGAUCGGGGGCUGUUGUCGCGGCUGAGCGAGCGUUUUGGCGGAGACAAGUCGGUGGUGUCGGCGUUUUAUCUUCUGCUGCAGUUUUGCGGCGACGCGCCGCGCGGUUCUGUGCGAAUUCACGUUUCGUCGGAGUUUCCUAUUGGGGUUGGUUUGGGUUCGAGCGCCGCGUUUCACGUUUCGUUGGUUGGCGCGCUUCUCCGCUGCUUGUCGUACAUUCGGGACGCGGACUUGAGCCGAGUGGGGGGGGGUCGAGGGUCCGCCGUGUACCGCCCGUCUCGGGACGCGCUGCGCGUUGUGAGUGGGUGGGCGUAUUUGGCCGAGCACAUCAUGCACGCGUCGCCGUCGGGAGUCGACAACACGGUUUCUGCGCUCGGGGAGACGCUUAGUUUUUCCCAGAAGGAACCGCAUUUGACGCUGGAGGUCCCGCCCAUGAGGUUUCUUAUCGUCAACACCGGGGUGCAAAGGUCGACCAAGGACCUCGUCGCUCGGGUGGCGGAGCUCAACCGGCGCGCUCCGGAACUCGUGGGGCGCUGCGGCCUGCGAGCGAGUCAAGUGGCUCGUCGCAUCCAAGAAAUACUCGUCGCUCUGGAUUCGCGCGACGGCGAGUUGGGACCGCUUCUGAGUGAGGCGCACGACUUGUUGGACGCGAUAGGCGUCGGACAUGAGAGUCUCACCAAGGUGGUUGCCCUGGCGAAAAGUCACGGAUUUCAUUCGAAGCUGACCGGCGCGGGCGGCGGAGGAUGCGCCAUGACGUUUAUACCUGCUGCGACCGAUUCGGCGAGGGUGGAGGCUCUGAGGCGGCGGCUGGCGGAGGAAGGAUUCGACUGUUUCGAAGCGACCACGGGAGAUCUUGGAUUGGUUUACCACGAAUGAAAAACGGCUCUAUUAACGAGUUCCCUUAUAAAAAAAAAACGCGCACCAUUUUCAGUAUAUCAAA